GAGAACCGACAAUAAUAUCCGAAAUCCCAUUAUUGAAGGGAAAGUACUAUGUCGAAAACGACCAUUGCUGCUGGAAAGGCCGCUGGGGUAAUUCUAUAAACGGGAAGCAUGUCGGCCCAACGAGCGAGUUUUACUAUAUAUCAAAACAAGCCAAAUCGAUCAUUCCGUAUUCUGGAGUGUAUCGUGGCUACUUUUGGAUGAAGUACGUGCCUCCGAAGAAGAUUUCGGAGACGGAUAUGCACGUUCAGUUCACCGAGAAGGAAGGGAAGUACAUCGUUUCUGGCUCUGGCUCGAAUCGUUUUGGUCAGUACGAUCUCUCGGGAUUUUUCGAUCCCGCGACGCAGGAAAUGGCCUGCACUCGCAUUUAUCACAUCAAUCGGCCUCGCCACACUGAUUCCGUCAUUCCGAAAGAGUCGCGCCUCACUCGGAAUUCGUCUCUUCUGAAAGACAACAUUAAAAUUCCGCCGUCCGUACCUCCAGCCCUUCACUUAUGCUAUCGACUCCACAUGAAGAUGCAGUCCAACAAGUUCGCGAGUCCCUUCCUGCACCCCGUCGAUCCUGUGGCUCUCAACAUUCCGGACUACUUCGACAUCAUCAAGAAUCCGAUGGAUUUCGGAACCAUUUAUCAGCGGCUCAUUAACGGCCAGAUCACGACGGAAGCGGAAUACGUGAAGCUGAUGGAGCUCGUCUUCACCAACGCCAUCACAUACAACAAGCCACAAGACGAUGUUGCCUUUAUGGCUCACGAGCUGCAGGCCUAUUUCGACAAAGAAUACACGCAGAUGAAGCGGCAGGCGAGCAUGAUGGAGGACGACGGGUUUAUCAUCACGCGAGGCCGGUCGUCGAAGCGGCUGAACAGCGCCGAUUCGUUCUCUGGCUCGCAACCUUCACGGCUCGGCCGCGCGUCGAGCUGCCUGUGGACGUGGAGCCCUUUCAGUGGUCUGUAG